AUGGACAGCCUUCUUAUGAAAAGGAGGAAGUUUCUUUACCACUUCAAAAAUGUCCGCUGGGCUAAGGGUCGGCAUGAGACCUACCUGUGCUAUGUGGUGAAGAGAAGAGACAGCGCCACCUCCUUCUCGCUGGAUUUCGGCCACCUUCGCAACAAGUCGGGCUGCCACGUGGAAUUGUUGUUCCUACGCUACAUCUCGGACUGGGACCUGGACCCCGGCCGGUGUUACCGCGUCACCUGGUUCACCUCCUGGAGCCCCUGCUACGACUGUGCCCGGCACGUGGCUGAGUUUCUGAGAUGGAACCCCAACCUCACCCUGAGGAUUUUCACCGCACGCCUCUACUUCUGCGAGGACCGCAAGGCCGAGCCCGAGGGGCUGCGGAAACUGCACCGCGCCGGUGUCCAAAUCGGGAUCAUGACCUUCAAAGACUAUUUCUACUGCUGGAAUACAUUUGUAGAAAAUCGUGAGAGAACUUUCAAAGCCUGGGAGGGGCUGCAUGAAAAUUCUGUCCGUCUAACCAGACAGCUCCGGCGCAUCCUUUUGCCCUUGUAUGAAGUUGAUGACUUGCGAGAUGCAUUUCGUAUUUUGGGACUUUGA